AUGUCACACUCGGACCCGUUGACUGCGCCUAGGCAAUUGGCACCAGACCGAGGCGAAACUCUCGCACAAGCGGUUUCCGACGCGAGUAUUUUUGACAUUCUGAAAGUCGACAACGCUGUCCCUACUGCUUCGACCGUAGGUGGGGGGAAUGGAGAGACAGAUCGUGCUGCCCAGAUAGCACGGCUCUCUAUUGACAGCGCCCGAGGCUUGGGGAGCGUGUUCAGUUAUGUAACCAGCAAAUGGGCUGUAUCCUGCAUAGUCAUGGCCAUUAUUCUUAACCGUACCCACAUACUUGCAGCCACAAGGCGGCGACUACGAAUCCCCUGGCACACAAGGCUUCUCGUACGCCUUUUGCCCUCAGUGCUUCUCGCUCUGCAAGCGGUUGCCCUCCUGCAGUUCAUCCAGUGCCAAACAUCGCCAAACUUCAGCCACCUUGGAUGGAAGAAUACAACAAAAGCUUCCGAUAUGGCUUCUGCACAACCCUACGCGUUUCUGAACAGACUCAGCUCGAUAUUGUUGCUCGGGGCGGGGGAUAGCCAAUCAUGCGAAGCAGUCGGCAUGAUACCAAGCACCGCUGCAACCAAUCAGCAACUUCGUGGAUCGUUAGCCAUGUUGUGGCCGCUGUUUUGGGUUCUGUGUCUCAGUCACUUUGUAGAGACACUAUUAUGUGCUGUCCAGGGCCGGCCGUUAUCGGCAGAAACUGGAAUGACAUUGUUUGAACAGUCGCUAGCAUUUGCAGAGGCAGAUGCUGUUGUUAAUAACCAUCUUAGAUGGGGAAGAUUCUCCACUCAACAACUAACCUCCGAUUCAAGUCCAACGAAUAUGGCAGCUCAUUCGAUCACAAGAUCUAUGCUCCUCGGCAAACUCAACACUUCCCCUGAAGUGUUGUUCGUUGCGUUUCUCACCACCAUGACUCAUUUAUCUAGUCACUGUUUAGGAAUAUUUGAUGCCCAGUCCCGGUACAGGUUGGUGAAUACUGGGUUCUGGGGUGUAUUUUUUAUGGGUACCCUCACUUGGAGCGCAUUCGAUUUCGAAACGGGAAAUAAUUCCUCACAAAGCUUGCUACGAUUCCCAACCGUUUGCAUCAUUGGAUAUGUACCACACGUCCUAGUCCUCGCCGGUAUUCUCAUAUGCCUUUUGAUUUACGGAUUGGCGCUCGUAUUAACAGCCAUAGCUCCACCGUCCAACUCAAAUUUGACGUCGAUGACUGUGCGUCAAAGAUUAGCGUACGCGCACAGUAACAUGCAGGCAAAUAUAACAGUCGCUGAAGUUCCGGUAACCAGAGAUAUGGACUUCUACACCGCACUCCUUCGAGCAGGAUUUGCUGCGGUAACAAUGGCAAGCGAAGCUGUUUAUCUCAAUGAAGAGCGCAGCGUCAAUCUUCAACAACGCACAUGGUUAGAAGAGGCACGCCUACGCGAAGUAGACCAGCUAAAUAGACAGGCAGUCAGGUUCCGCCUUAUCAAUUGCCUGUAUGACCAAACUGGAACGAUAGGACUACUUCCCAUCAAGGAAGGAGCUGCAUUAUCAACCAAUGGAUAUAGUCGAGAACGUGCGGCCCAAAUGAUCUCCAAAGGUCGAACUGGCACGGGCGCAUCAGAAAGAGGCUCGGGAUGGUUGAUGGCAGUAGAGUUUCUGCUAAGCAUUACUGGAUUGAUCGCUCGAACUGCUUCGUCAGGAGUUCUUUGGGUGCUUGCCAGGGCUCACAUAAGAACCAGACCAGCAUGGCUACUGUGGUUGGUACGCCGCCAGAAGAUCACGGACAAUGAUGAACUCUCUAGCGGGAAAGGUGUCUUUUUGCCUGGGGAGACAUCAUCAUUACUGAGUGAAAGUAUGACCCCGCAGAUGGAAGCAGUAGAUGUCGAGACCGAAUUCAGAAGGCUGAACAGCAGCCAGGAUGAAGACGUUCUUGAUAAAGAAUUAUAUAAGUACUGGGCGUCGGGAGGCUGGUGGGGUUCGGCUGACGCAAGUGGUGACUAUGUCCCAGAGGAUGUGAACGAUGAUUGGGACGCCACAAGUGUUAUAUCAGCUUCGUCCACGGCCAGCGAUGACGGAGCCACGGGAAAGAGCUGGCUUUCACAAGACAAGGGCCAGCAAAAGUUGAAUACGGAGAUAAGCAGGACUCGUGAAACUAGCCCGUCCCGCGACACAGUUCUGGAUGCAAGUAGCCUGGCUAGGCUUCUAAACCCUUCGACAAGCGAGGAGCGAGGAGAAGCAAUCUCUUUGUCCCGGCACUUACAAAGUAAUAUCAUUGUGACGAGGUCAAUCUUCCGCCGCCAGGAGCAGAUUCGUCGAAGUCGUGUUCUGCUACCACCAGAGUCUCUCGGCGAUUACGAUGGUGGUGCAACUAAUCGCAGCACUAGACUCGGUUCCAUCGAUGAGGAAUCAAUGUUAGAAGAACUUAUUCUGACACGUCGCCGUAUGGACAGUUCGGGAGGGGGUUUACAUAACGGAGCCGGCCAAUUCUUACCAUGUGUCGUUUGCCACAGUUCGAAUCGCACCAUCAUUGUCUGGCCAUGCCGUUGCUUAAGUCUAUGCGACGAUUGCCGGGUUUCGCUAGCCAGGAAUAAAUUUGAUAAAUGCGUAUGUUGCCGCAGGGAUGUAUUGAGUUUCAGCCGCAUCUACACACCCUGA